UUCUUAUUUAUUUUUUCAUCUUUCUCCCCCAAAUUUUGUCUCCGACUUCAAAAACGAAAAAGCACAACACAAUCGUUCAUCAAUCGUCUUCUUCGUACCUUCUCUCUGAUUCCCUCAUUCAAUAAUUCACAGCUAUGGCGGAUACAGUAGAGAAAGUUCCCACCGUUGUUGAGUCAUCAUCUUCCUCCGUGGAAGCACCUGUUAUUGCCGACAAGACUGAGCCCACGACAACGGAGAAGAAAAAGUGGGGCGAUGUAGAAGAUGAUGACGAAGAGGAAGCAGUAUCGGAACUCAAUUCUUUGACCAUUAAGGAAGAAGAGAAAAGUGAUUCUGUGCUUGAAGAACCUGAAGAUUCAAACAUCAAAGCGGUUGUUUCGGGUGAUACACCAUAUACAUCAGCGAGUAGGUUUGAGGAUUUGAACUUAUCUCCUGAGUUGAUGAAAGGCUUGUACGUGGAGAUGAAGUUCGAAAAGCCUAGCAAGAUUCAAGCUAUCAGUUUGCCCAUGAUUAUGACGCCACCUCACAAGCAUCUGAUUGCUCAGGCGCAUAACGGAUCUGGAAAGACCACUUGUUUCGUUCUUGGAAUGUUGAGUCGGGUUGAUCCUAAACUGGCGGAGCCUCAGGCGCUCUGCAUUUGUCCCACUAGAGAAUUAGCUAAUCAGAAUAUGGACGUUCUUCAGAGGAUGGGGAAGUUUACUGGGAUCACUGCUGAAUUAGCUGUGCCAGAGUCAACGAGAGGCGGACCAUCUGCUCCAAGACGAGGUCCUGUUACUGCUCAUGUGGUGAUUGGCACCCCUGGAACGCUUAAGAGGUGGAUGUCAUUCAAGAGACUAGGUCUAAAUCAUUUGAAGAUUCUUGUUUUUGAUGAGGCUGACCAUAUGCUUGCUACGGAUGGCUUUAGGGAUGAUUCCUUGAAGAUAAUGAAAGACAUUGGGAGAGUUAAUCCCAAUUUCCAGGUUCUACUUUUCUCGGCAACUUUUAACGAAACUGUCAAAGAUUUUGUGGCGAGGACAGUCAAGGAUCCCAACCAAUUGUUUGUCAAAAGAGAGGAUCUAGCUUUGGACUCGGUAAAGCAGUUUAAAGUUCUUUGCCCGAAGGAGGAAAACAAGAUUGAAGUCAUUAAGGAUCAGAUUAUGGAGCUUGGGGAUAUUGGGCAAACCAUUAUCUUUGUGAGAACAAGAGUGUCUGCUGGUAAGGUGCACAAGGCCCUUGCGGAAAUGGGAUAUGAUGUCACCAGUGUCCAUGGUAAUAUGUCUGAAGUGGACAGAGAUAAGAUUGUUAAGGAGUUCAAAGACUGCCUUACUCAAGUGCUAAUUGCUACUGAUGUCAUUGCAAGAGGUUUUGACCAACAGCGGGUGAAUUUGGUUGUGAAUUAUAAUCUUCCCACUAAAUAUGAAACCGGAGAGCCAGAUUAUGAGGUGUACCUUCACAGGGUUGGGAGAGCUGGCCGGUUUGGUCGUAAAGGAGCGGUAUUUAACCUGCUGUUAGAUGAUGGGGGGGAUAAAGAGGUGAUGGAUAAGAUCGAGAAGUAUUUUGGAGCAAAUGUUAAGGAGAUUAAGUCAUGGAACUCUGAGGAGGAGUAUAAGAGUGCGUUGAAGGAAGCUGGCCUGCUCGACGAGUGAGGAAGAGGAACAUAAUGUGUUCAAAAACAUCUAAAAGACUUAUGUCGUCUGUUUUUUUUGAGAUUGCUUAAGAAAGAAACUUGUAUACGUCUUUGGGGUUUUUUUUUUGUAAUCUUUUUUAUCAGAUUGCUGAGAUUUUCAGACUUUUGUAGCUUAUUUAUCAUCAAGGGAAAAAAAAACAUGAUUUUGUUGUCAA